AUGCGGAGUUUGGGGCUGCUGUUGACGAGCACUCUUGGCCCGGAUUCCGUCACCGACGUCCGGGUUUCGCCAAGUCCCGCCACAUCGACACCCAGAGAACGGUUCGCACUUCAAGCAUCUAAUUGCACUCAUACUAUGAGACGCUUCACUACUGGUACCUUGAGUGCUACAUCCCAACUACAAAAAGACAGGCUGAAAUUCAGAAUUAAUCUGAUUCGGAAUGUCUUCCUGUCGUUCAUCAUUGUUGGUCCUGGGCGCGUCAAGAGCUGUAUCCAUAUCGGGAAGGUCAACAAACUCUCAUCCCACAUGAGACGCGGCCUGCUGGCCCGUUACUUCAUUAGCAAAGUUGUAACUCAAACGCAGAACAUCAUAGAAUCACCGUCUAUCCGCCGCGAUGGCCUCGUCUCAUUUUUGUCGGUUGUCGCCGCGACUCGUAGUUAG